UGGCGCAGUGAACCUUUGCCGAUGCCGAGAGAUCCGUCAGUCACCAGCACCACCUUCAGGACACAAGGGGCAUGGCAUAAAUACAGGUCAAAACUGUCGCUAAAUAACAGUACGUGCUGGGCUGUAUUAUUGUACCUGACAAGGACAAGCACUGCCCCACUCCUGCUGCACCACGUUGCUGACCCCAUUCAGUGCUGAUUCCACGCAAGUCUUGUCGUAGUCUUCCAAGCUGCUGAGGGCAUCCUGGACACAAAGUUGUGUUAACAGUGGCCACUUCUUCUAUCUUGCCAAAACAACGACUCUGUAGAUUGGACCAUGUUUGGACUUUACCUGUAAAGCGUUAUAAUCCCUGGUGAAAGGCACCAAUAACUCCCAGAGGGACGAGAAGGCCAUAAGUGCGGUGAACUCCAAACGAUAGUUGGAAGCCAUAUGUUCAAACAGCAUAUUGAGGCCGUGGACUGCCAGGUUCUUUCUCUGAAACUCUUCGCUGCUGUCCUGUGACACCGGCCUCGUCAUAGACAGGGACGCGUCCAUCAGUACCACAAACUUCCUUGGGACAAAAUGAGGAGGCAUCUGCAGCCGAUCCACAUAUUCCUCCUUUGUGGGCUUGUUCUCACGAUGUGUAACACUUUCCCCACACCUCAGACUGGACAGGAUGUUGGACCGUCCCAUUUUGAAGCAGCAACUGUAACUCUACCACUACAAACCAAAUAUCAACAUCACUACAGUGUGUCCUUCACCAUUACUCCAUCUUCUCCUCACAUGAACAGAAAAUACCCUGCUAAUCUUUCGUCUUUGUACCCUGAAGAUCUAUUUUCAGUGGAAGGGCGCAGACAAGGCUGGGUUGUCCUCCACAUCAUUGGCAUGAUGUACAUUUUUGUGUCACUUGGUGUUGUGUGCAAUGAAUUCUUUGUGCCUUCACUGGGGGUCAUCAUAGACAAGUUAUCCAUGUCUGAUGAUGUAGCAGGAGGAGGGAGGCGCCUCGGGGGAGUAGAACUCACGAUGAGCCACUGGAUAAAAUGAAGAAUGACCCUUGCAGUAAUGAAGAUAAGCAACAAGAGGAUACUCUGUCUACAAAAUGGCCACACUCUCUGUCUAAUCAAGUCACCUAUCUCCUCCUGCUGAUGAGCUUCCCUCUGUUGCUCAUAAUUCCCGAUGUUCGGAAACAGAAUUACAGAAAGUUCUUUGUGAUCACACUCCUGAGCUCCAGUCUGUGGAUUUCUGUCUUCUCCUACCUCAUGGUGUGGUGGGCCCACCAGGUAGGCGAUACUUUUAGCAUCCCAGUGGAGAUUAUGGGCCUGACUGUCCUGGCUGUAGGGUCGUCCAUCCCAGACAUCAUGACCAGUGUGAUUGUGGCUCGUAAAGGUCUUGGAGACAUGGCCGUAUCCAGCUGUGUGGGUAAUAACAUCUUCAACAUCACUAUAGGCAGUCUGCCGGUGCCAUGGCUCUUGUCCUCACUUAUCCACAAGAUGGUUCCUGUGACCGUCAGCAGCAACGGUCUCUUGUGCGCCAUUGUGCUGCUUUUUCUGAUGCUUCUCUUCUUCAUCAUCUCCAUUGUAUCCUGGAAAUGGGAACUUUGUAAGACACUGGGUUUGGUCAUGCUACUGCUUUACGGUUUCUUUGUGGUCCUCUGUGUGAUGCUGCAGUACCAUAUUAUAGUAUGCCCUCUUUAAGUUAAGUUAAUAAUAAUUAUUAAUAGUUCAUAAUUGGAAAGUUGUUGUUCCAUGUUGCAUGAAAUUAAUACUUAACGCAUUAGAUUAGAAUAUUUUCAUAUUAUUUUACAUUUGAAUGUUAGCUUUCAUAGUGGCUCGUUUGUAACAAUUUCCUUUUGUAUUUAACCAACAUAAUAUAAUUGUGUGGCACAAAAAUACAUGUACAUUUAAGUAAAUUGACUUAAAACAGUAAUUUACACAAAUUGUAGUAUUCCGAAUACUUGUAUACUGACGUACUGAAGUACUGGUAUGUGUUCUGUGUGUUUAGCUAUGAUA